AGUUGUAAAGAGAAUUUGCAGCAGAACUCUAAGUUAGGCUUAAGAAGAUUCUGUUGUUCCUGUAGAAAGGGAGGUGUAUGGGCUUCAUCUAACGGGUUUUUUGUUGUUUUCUUUUUGCUCCUAUACCCUGUCUCCACCCCCACUUACCCCGCUUGGUUUUCACCUUCAUGUUCCUGUCAUCUCCUUUCCUGUCCAUUCCUCUCGGCCCUGACCCCCUUCUCCCGUCGUCCAGAUGCCACCGUGUACGUGGGGGGCCUGGACGAGAAGGUUAGCGAACCGCUGCUGUGGGAGCUGUUUCUCCAGGCCGGGCCGGUCGUUAACACCCACAUGCCCAAGGACAGGGUCACUGGUCAGCACCAAGGCUAUGGCUUCGUGGAAUUCUUGAGCGAGGAAGAUGCUGACUAUGCCAUUAAGAUCAUGAACAUGAUCAAACUCUAUGGGAAGCCAAUCCGGGUGAACAAAGCAUCAGCUCACAACAAAAACCUGGAUGUGGGGGCCAACAUUUUCAUUGGGAACCUGGACCCAGAGAUUGAUGAGAAGUUGCUUUAUGAUACUUUCAGCGCCUUUGGGGUCAUUUUACAAACCCCCAAGAUCAUGCGGGACCCUGACACAGGCAACUCCAAAGGUUAUGCCUUUAUUAAUUUUGCUUCGUUUGAUGCUUCGGACGCAGCGAUUGAAGCUAUGAAUGGGCAGUACCUCUGCAACCGCCCUAUCACUGUGUCCUAUGCCUUCAAGAAGGACUCCAAGGGUGAACGUCAUGGCUCAGCAGCCGAGCGACUUCUGGCAGCCCAGAACCCACUCUCCCAGGCUGAUCGCCCUCAUCAGCUGUUUGCAGAUGCACCACCUCCACCCUCUGCCCCCAAUCCUGUAGUAUCAUCAUUGGGAACUGGGCUUCCUCCACCAGGCAUGCCUCCUCCUGGCUCCUUCCCACCCCCAGUGCCGCCUCCUGGAGCCCUUCCACCUGGGAUUCCCCCAGCCAUGCCCCCACCACCUAUGCCUCCUGGGGCUGGAGGACAUGGGCCCCCUUCAGCAGGAACCCCGGGGGCUGGACAUCCUGGACACGGACACUCACAUCCUCACCCAUUUCCACCGGGUGGGAUGCCCCAUCCAGGCAUGUCGCAGAUGCAGCUGGCCCACCAUGGCCCUCAUGGCUUAGGACACCCCCAUGCUGGGCCCCCAGGAUCUGGGGGGCAGCCCCCACCACGACCACCACCUGGCAUGCCUCAUCCCGGACCUCCGCCAAUGGGCAUGCCUCCCCGAGGGCCUCCGUUUGGAUCUCCCAUGGGUCACCCAGGUCCUAUGCCUCCCCAUGGUAUGCGUGGACCUCCUCCACUGAUGCCCCCUCAUGGAUACACUGGCCCUCCACGACCCCCACCCUAUGGCUACCAAAGGGGGCCCCUCCCUCCACCCAGACCCACUCCCCGGCCUCCAGUUCCCCCUCGAGGCCCACUUCGAGGCCCCCUCCCUCAGUAAUUUCUCAUGCUCUUUCCUCUUGUUUUAUUUCCCCAAUAUCUUUUCAAUUCCUUGGACCAAUCAGAGUUGCUGUAGUUUCCUGGGGUUAAGGCCUUGAUCCCAUUUUUUUUUUUUAAGAUUUUUUUACUGAUUUUUAGAGGGUAGGGAGAGUAAUAGAGGGAGAGAAACAUUGAUGUGAGAGCAAGAC